GCGUGCGUACGUCGUGUUUGAACGUGACGGCGCGGAAACAAUCCGCAGGGGAGGCAAAGUUUACGUUCAACUCCUUAGUUUGUUUGCUGAUUUGUAUAGAAAAGUAAAGUUAUGUGUAUACGGGUAUCUUUAAUGACAAUAAAUGUCUUACUGAAUCAAUGCAAAUCGAGCAAAACAGGUUCUGUCGAGGUAUCUAAUGCCUGCAAUGACUUGUAAAGUAAACAGCCUGUUCAGCACAUUGGACGACUUCAACAAUGAGGACUUGCUUGGCACAGACUGGACUGGGCCCUCUGCAUCUGGACCGUCCAACUCUGUAGCAACAGCUGCUGUGUCAUCAAGUGUGCUCCGAGCCCCCUCUGUUACCCGCAGAGAGCCAGAAAAAAAGUGCCUCCGGCAAAGUGCACAAGGAUCUGCCGUCCCCACUAAUGGCACAGCAUCAGAUAGUGGCACACAGGCUCUGAGUUCAAGGCAGCUUUGUCCCCCCAGAUCCUCCACCUCCUCUUCCUCCUUAGAGUCUCAUGGCACAAAUGUAUCCACAGUAAAUAACACUAAACCUAAUGUAGCAGCACCACAAAGUCAUGGCAGCACAGAGGUGUUGCUAACGCCUUGUGCUGCUCAGGAUGAUUUCGACGACUGGGACGUUGACCUGGCAGACCUGGAUGAGUGUGACGGCCAGGUGGCACAACAGAUUCAAGCUCGUUCUCACUCUCCACCUGGGCUAACAUCAACCCCGAUGCUUAGACCCCUAAACUGUGGAAGGACUCAGGCACCACCUCAUCAGACCACUGUCGGUGCAUCUAAACAUAAUGUCCCUCAGACUCUGUCAGCUGCUCAUUUAGGAUCACCAGUGUUGCGACCUCGCUUUCCAUCAGCUCCUGUUCAGAGUCCUAAUGUUUUCUCUGGCCUCACUGCAGCCUCUCCUGCUGCAAACCCUGCUUCCAGGUCAUUUGUCAGGCCCCAGCAGCCUCAGAGACAGUGGUCCACUCCGGGACCUAAGCCUCCUGUUGGUUUUGAGUCGGUCCCUCCAUCAUCUUUCUCGCCCUCUGUAAACUCUUCCAUUCUUAGCCCUCAUCCUCUUCACACACCUGUCCUCACCAACCGUUUGGUCCAGCUAGUGUCUGCAUCCCAUAAGCUUCCCAAAAAGAGGCCUAACUCUGAGGUCCAGAAACGCAGGACUAGACGGUUCCCUGGCCCUGCUGGACUUUUGCCAGUGCAGCCUGAAGCUCAGACACUGGAUCCGGUCGUGGUGUCUGUUCCUUUCACUCCUGCUCAUGGCCCUGUAGCUCGGUUGCCAAGUCAGGUUUCCAGCUCACAAAUGGAGGAUGACGACUUCAGCGGCGCUGCCUGGGCACUGAUGAUGAAGGAGAUGGGAUUGGACGAGAGGAACCCUACGUGCUUCUUGCACUCCUAUAGUGUGGUUAUGGUUCUUCGAAAGGCUGCACUGAAACAACUGGUGAACAACAAAGUUCCAAACAUGGCGGUGGUUUUGAAGACCAUCAAUUACACACACACCGAUGCCAAGGUUGUGUUUAAAGACCCGACAGGCGAGAUGCAGGGAACUGUCCAUCGGCGUCUCCUAGAGGGCAGAAGGGACGACCUUAAGGCUGGAGUAGUACUGCUGCUUAAACAGGUGGGUGUGUUUUCUCCCUCCCAUCGCAACCAUUACCUGAAUGUGACACCCAACAACCUUCUGAGAAUCUACACCGCUGAUGGAGCCAGUGUGUCCUCCACCCAACUGCCCCCGCUGGUUCUAGAGCCAGUUUUGCAGUCACCAGCUCCGUCUCGCAACAUCUGCCCAGAGCCAGUAUCUCAGAUGCAGCUGGUGUUUGACGACGAGGACGAGGAGGGGCGUGAAGGUGAAAAAUGUUCAGAAGGAGGCUGCGACCCCCAAACUGCAGUGGCCGUCGGAGUGACCUCUGGCUGUGGCCGUGAGCAGCCUGACGGCAGUGCAGUACUACAGGACCCAGACUGGGACGCAGGUCAAGAUGACGACCUGGAUGAGCUGCUGGGAGAGGUACCAGAAGACCCCUGCUGACGGCGUCUGAUGUGAAUGUACAUCAGUAACAAAGAACUUCUGUUCAUAACUGACCCUCUUAGAUACUAAGCAGGUAAUAAGACCACUGAAAAAACAUGAUGUGGACACUUUCUUUUGGAAUUAUUCUUUUUCUUUCUUCAAAUCCAUUCACUGUGUGUUGAGGACACAUCCAUCCAAAACCAACAUGUGCUCAUUAAAUCCAAGGCUGCAGCAGCACACUCUAUUUGAUUUCAGCUCAACUUGUCUUGUUAUAAAAAAGAAAAAAUAUAAUUAGAGAGACUGUGUGAUAUUAUUUUUUUUAAAUAAAAUAUUUAUUUUUUCUUCAUUGUAGCAAUAACUUGAUCAUAAAUUUAAAGACAAAUACAGGCAGUACUGGUCUGUUAAUUAUGCCAAAACAAGAGAGAGUCGGACUGUUUGAGUGUGUUGUUCUGCCGUUUUCUUCUUUUUUUUUUAAUUUAAUUUUGGCUGACUCCAUUUAGCGGGCACCGAGAGUGAAGUGGAUCAAAUGUGAGCCAACUUUUCACACCGCGUGUUAGAGGUUAUUUUGUUGAGGCAACAGAAAGGUCAGCUUGAGUCCUCCGAUAUGUGCCUGAGUGAAAAGUGCACGGCCCUGCCUGACUUUGGGUGGAUUUUUGUUGGGAUCAACGAUGUCUGUUGAUACCUCUCUCAAUAGGACCUGAGCCUUAGAUCCUGAGGUUCCUGCUUGAACCGUGCCUCAGGAACACUGAUUCCUCUUAAUCCUCUGCCUCUUUGUUGUUGUGUCUCUGACGCUGCUGCUGCAGAAAUGUCCCGGUUCAGGCUGGAAAGAUGAAAGGAAUAAGGUAUAUUCGCUGUAUUGCUGUAAUUACAUUUUUCCCUUAUGCUUUAUGGUGUGUGACUAACACAUUUACACCAUUCUAUGAUACAGCUUUGGCUGUUUUGGUUCUGAAUCAAAUUGAACCAUGGAUUUUGAGUUAGGGAGCGGCUGUGAGGGUAAAGUGCUGACUCUUGGCUUAAAUUAAGGGCAUUUACAUUCAUUUGGGAUGAGCAGCGUGACAGUGUUGCCAAAUCCGGCUGCUUCGGAUAUCCAGUUACUACAGAAGUACCUCAUGUGUAUGGACUUUACACAGAAAGACCAGCUUGCACAAAUUUUGCACUCCCCUCAGUUUUAAAAAUGCUAAGAAUAAUGUUUUACAUAAUUUUGUCCCUAAAAACAAUAUCCAAAGCUUGUGGUAGAGUAAUUAAAUUAGCUAGGAAUACAAGUCCCUGGUACUGGCUGUUACUGGGCCGCACAAAAAAAAAGUACCCUUUUCUGGUCACGUAAAGAAUAAUUGACAUUAAAAAACAUUUUGAAUUGUCUAACAUUGUGACAACACCGUUUCCGUGUUUAAUCAGGCUCAGCUCAGAAUUAUAAAACUCCAUAUUUUGCAGCGUUGGAGAAACUUACUGAUAUUAAAUUCUUCUUGAAAGCAGUUGCCCUACGUUAAAGUACCACUAGAGGGUAGCAUACAAAAUAACCAUGGCACAGCAUUAGUCAAUAUCGUACGUAGGUCUCAGGAGUCAUGAUAAUAAAAGUACUUAUUAAGAGAGUCGAUUAAUUUGGCCUCUUGUAAACCAUCCGUCUGUGCUCAUUCACUUCUGUUCUCCAUUAUCAACAGGCUAUUUCUGAUAGUAUUUAUAAAAAGUCAGUGCUUGAAUGAUUUACAAUUUUUUUUUUAUUAUUUAAAAAAAAAACAACAACUGUCCUUUUAAAUUGUCCGUUCCCCACACAGAGUUGUUUACAGAAUUGCAAUUUCUGAUCUACUUCCAGGAUUUCACUUUUGAAACUAGAUAUCUUAGUUCAUUUAAUUUUUUUUAUAUAAAAGAUUAAUGGGUUGUCAUUUAAAAGACAUUUACAGAGGCCUCUAAUAAUCUGAUAUUUAGAGUAAAAAGAAAAUGACUUUCAGUUGUUAUCAGCUUACCAUCAAAUAAUCCACACACAGCAUCAGCUUCACCUUUUUUCUAGUGUCUAAACAUCUGUCAUUUCUUG